AUGUCUAAUAACCAGUUUGACAGAAAUGACUGUUGCAUCUUCUUCUCCUAUCACUUCCUAAGGAACCACAGAAUGGAUUACUCCAUCUCCAUCCAUGUCUCUCUGAGCGGGGCCCUCUUUCUGCUCAACACAACCUUCCUGCUGACCGAGUGGGGAGCCAAAAUAGAGCUAGACUGGGUGUGUGUGUUUGUGGCGGCUCUCAUGCAUUACUCCCUGCUCUGCUGUUUCACCUGGAUGGCCAUUGAGGCACUUCACCUUUAUCUCCUGCUAAUAAAGGUUUUCAACACCUACUUCAAACACUACAUGAUCAAACUGUCUCUCGCUGGAUGGGGGAUCCCUGGUAUAAUCGUGGCAGUCUCUUUGGGAAUGAGAGAUUUGAAACAGUUUUAUGGACUCACAGAAAUGACUAUGGCUGAUACUAACAAAACUAACGCCAUCUGCUGGAUCACCGAUGACUCGUACUUCUACUCCUUGAACCUGGUGUAUUUCACUCUCAUAUUCAUCUUCAACUCUGGCAUGUUAUUGACAGUGGCCUCGAACAUCUGCAAGAUGAAACAAGUGUCUCAGGUCAGUUCGAAGCUUGGACAAGGGACUAAGGGGAAGACGGUGAGGGAUUCCCAGAGGGUCAGAGAGACCUGCAGGAGAUGCCUCACCGUGAUGGGUCUCACCUGCCUGAUGGGGACCACCUGGGGCCUGGCCUUCCUGGGAUCAGGAUAUGUCAACCUCCCCAUCCUCUACCUGUUCUGCAUCCUCAACUCCACUCAAGGUUUCUUUAUCUUCCUGUGGAUCUGCCUAUCAGCCAAGAAGCAGAGGAAGAGAGACAUGGAGGACAGACUGACGUCCACUCCUGCCAAGUCUUCAGCAGUCAAAUUUGAUUAGAUCCCCUUUCCUGCCAUUGGUCCGGAUGAAAAAGCCCUGAUGUCAUCAUAGAUAGCGUA